AUGACAGGCCUAGCCAGACCAGCCCAGCCAGACCAGCCCCAGCCAAAGCAGGCAGGCGGCGCCAAAUUGACCCAAUUUCCUCCUCCCCCCCCCUCCCUCAUGCUCUCCAGCCUCCGCCCUCUCCGCCUCGCCGCUGGCCGCUUGCGCUGUGACGCCUGGGUUUCGCCGGAGCAGAAGCCCGUGGAAACACGCCCCCCAGGCGAUCCAGGCGUCCCAGGCGACCCCGGGGCGGGCCACUUUUACCCGCCGAGGUCCCUCGACUGGAAUGGUCUGUCCGGACCCGGGGGGCUCCAUGGAGGAGGCAAAGGCCGCGAGGCUCCGAAAGCGGUGGAGGCGACGCCGAUGGCUGAGGGUCUGGGACGUAUGUAUGCCACAGACUCACUAUGUCUUGGGUCAGUCUGGGGUCUCGGGUCGCAGACUCGCAGGGCCUCGGGCUCUUAUCGCGCAGGUGCAGCCAGCAGGGACCGUGAUGUCUCUGGCGCGGCUGGCGCUCUUCUGGCCGUCGUCCACGUAGACGGUUCCCUGCCUGGCUGCUCUGGGCUCUGGGCUCGUCUGGAACUAGUGCUGCCGCCUGGCUUGGACGUGCUUGGAUGUGCUUGGGCGUGCUUGGUCGUGCCGCCGGGCCUGGCGGUUCCCGGGUCUCCCAUGUCGCAGUCGAUUGACGGGGCCCCCAUGCGCUGGGAUCGCCCCCCAACAAGUCGGUUCGUGCUGGUUCGUGCUGCGCUCGGCAUGCUGCAUCUUCGGCAGCCAAUCGAUCCCAGCAUGUCUCCAGACGCCCAGACCUGCCUUUGUUGUCGCUCACAUCUAGACAAACAGGGCCAGCCCAGCCUGGAUGCGCCUGGAUGCCGCGGCCAUCCCACCCUCGCAGCGCCCAGCGCCAACGCCGCGACUCAGGCGCCUACAUGCAACGGCGCCAUCUACGGCCAGUUUCCGUUGCGUUUGCCCAUGAGUAACCGAUGCGCUCAUGGCAAGUGGACGGAUGUGGGGGGUAUUUGUCUGCGAAGAAUGACGCGAGAGCCAUGA